AUGACGACGAGUAGAUCAUCCUCGGGUGUCACCCAGGUGCUCCACCUGAUGCUCGCCCUGACAGCCGGCGCCGGUCCCGGGUCGACCCCUCCCAAGCUGCUGAUCGGUUUCCAGGCUCCUUGGAACUUGUCGUACCCCUUCAGUGCGCAGCGGCUGGGAUCUGCGAUCCAGAUCGCCGUGGACAAGGUGAACACCAACCCGUCCUUCUUGGGAAACUACAGCUUGGGUUUCGUCUACAUGGACACAGCCUGCAGCCCCAAGUUGUCCUUAGGGGGCUUCAUUCAACAGGUGUGGAGGGACAACGUGUCCGCCGUCUUUGGUCCAGCGUGUCCUGAAGAAGCUGAGGUGACCGGCCUGAUGGCGUCGACGUGGAGCAUCCCGAUGUUCGGUUUUGUGGGACAAUCAUCCAAGAUGGAUGACGGCAAAGUGUACGACUCCUACAUCAACCUGGUGCCGCCGCUCAAGAGGAGCUCCGAAGUGCUGGUGAAGACCUUGGAGUUCUUCGGGUGGACGCACGUGGCCAUGAUUGGCGGCGGCUUGGACUCCAAUACGUGGGACAAAGUGGACGCGCUGUGGACGACGGUGGAGACGAUGCUGAGGUCAAAGUUCAAGUUGACGGCCGCCGUCCAAUUCGACACCAGCGACACACAACUGGUUUACCGCAACGUCAAGUACAUCGCAACUGUAGCCAGAGUGAUCGUGGUCCUGACCAAUAAGGAAGACUCGUCGGCGCUGCUGCUGGAGGCCGAGCGGCAAGGUUUGAUGGGCGGCGACUACGUGUUCUUCCUGGUGCAGCAUUUUGAGGACAACGUGUGGAAAUACUCAGUGGACGGCCAAAUGAACCUCCGAGCCUUCGACAUGACUUUCAUCAUUGGCCAGAAGUCGUACGACGGCUACGAGUACUAUGACUUCUUUGAGCAGGUGUAUGAGAGACUCAGAGGACCUCCAUUCCACAGCAACCUGACAUCUGAACGAGAGGUGAGCACCUACUCGGCCUACCUGCACGACGCCGUGCUGCUCUACGCCAUGGCUCUGAAGGAGGUCUUGAAAGAUGGCAAGGAUCCUCGCGACGGACGUCAAGUUCUGGAGAAACUGAACAACAAGAACAGCAUUCGCUUUCAUGGAGCUUCGGGACUGGUCCACUUUGACGAGGACGGGGAGAGGAACUUGGACUAUUCCAUUUACGACCUGCAGUACUCCAGGGACACCGCCGCGUUUGUCCCCGUCCUCCAUUUUGACAGCCACAGCAAAAGCAUACAGCCCACGCCCAUGUUCACCGCAGUGACCUGGCCCAAAGGACGACCUCCGGUGGACAACCCCGAAUGCGGCUUCAACAACGAACUUUGUGAAUGGCUGAGUAACGACAUGGCCCUUCUGGCUCUACUGGUCACGUUCCCCGUCGUCGGCGUGUUGGCCGUGCUGGGCCUCGGCGUCCUGGUGCUGCAGAAGUUGCGCUUACAGAGCAGCCUGGAGGACUCGCGUUGGUGGCUCAUCGACUACGGUGACAUCACCAUCGUCAGAGAGGCGUCGGGGGUCCAGGCCAGGUCACUGAGCACCACCAGGACUCUGAGUGGCAGUGGAGGUUCGCGUUCUACUUUGUCCAACAGGAGUUACUGCUUCAAGGAUAAAACCACCAUUGGACUCUACCAGGGGAAUUACGUGGCCAUUAAGUCCAUCAAGAGAGACGUUUGCGAGAAACUUCAGGGGGCCUCCAUCCUCACCGAAUUCAACGUGAUGAAGGAGAUGAAGCACGAGAACCUGGUCCAGUUCUUUGGUGCGUGCGUGGAGCCGCCAAAGGCCUGUCUGGUCAUGCAGUACUGCAGCAAAGGCAGCUUGAAGGACAUUUUGAAGGCUUCCGACGUGGAGCUGGAUGGGAUGUUCAAGCUUUCCUUUGCUUACGACAUCGUCAACGGAAUGGACUUCAUCCACAAGAGCAGGCUCAAGUUCCACGGAAACCUAAAGACCAGCACCUGCAUGGUGGACAGCCGGCUGCAGGUCAAACUCUCCGGGUUCGGACUGUGGGAGUUUAAAUAUGGCAGUGAAAGCAACCGGGGCCCGCCGGGAACUCCCAAAUAUGACGGGUUGUUUUGGACGGCUCCGGAGCUUUUGAGACAAAUCAACGCAGAUGUCAACGGGACCCCCAAAGGGGAUAUCUACAGCUUUGCUAUCAUCCUGUGGGAGCUCAUGUACAACUCCAAGGGCGGGCCAUUCCAUGAUUUCAACAUGGAGCCCAAAGAGAUCAUCAAUAGGCUGCGGGGGCCCAUCUGCGGCGAGCCCCUCAGACCGGCCCUGUCUGAACUGUGCGAUGAAAACAUCAACUCGCUGAUCAGGAUCUGCUGGAAUGAAAAUCCAGAACACCGACCACCGUUUAGGUCCAUUCUAAGACAGCUGAAGGAGGCCAGCCCGGAGAGCCAUUCAAACAUUCUUGACAACAUGGUGGAGAAGUUAGAAAAAUACGCCAAUCAUCUGGAGGAUGUGGUGGAGGAGAGGACCAAUCAACUGGUCGCCGAGAAGGCUCGCACAGACAAGCUUCUUUCCAGCAUGUUGCCGAGGUACAUCGCGGACGAGCUGAUGGCGGGGAAAUCAGUGGAGCCUCGUAGCUACGACGUGGUGAGCAUCUUCUUCUCCGACAUCGUGGGCUUCACCUCCAUGUGCGCCGUCAGCUCGGCCAUGGAGGUGGUCAUGUUCCUCAACGACCUCUACAGCCUCUUUGAUGACAUCAUCCGGAUGUACGACGUCUACAAGGUGGAGACCAUCGGCGACGCCUACAUGGUGGCCAGCGGUCUUCCCAUCACCAACGGCCAACAGCACGCCGUGGAGAUCGCCACCAUGGCCUUGCACUUCCUGAGCGCCAUCAAACGCUUCCGGAUUCGCCACAUGCCCACGGAGAGCUUGGCCAUCCGCACCGGCAUCCACUCAGGUCCAGUUGUUGCCGGCGUGGUCGGGAGCACGAUGCCUCGCUAUUGUUUGUUUGGCGAUACGGUCAACAUGGCUUCUCGAAUGGAGAGCAACAGUUUACCCUUAAAGAUUCACAUCUCGCAGUGCACCGCUGACAUUCUGGUCCAGGUGGGCUCAUUCGAGCUUGAGGAAAGGGGACAAAUCGAAAUGAAGGGUAAAGGCUGCCACAAGACCUACUGGCUGUUGAGCAAACAAGGUUUCGACCCUCCUCUACCCAGCCCUGCACAGGCGGACUCAAGCCUCCAGGUGGCAGCAGAGAAAACUGGAGUGUGCAGCCCCAAGAAACCUACCGGGGAGGACGUCAUCUUGGUUCCAGUGGACAUUUAA